UCGCGCGCGGUGACGUAGCUAGAUUGACGCGCUUAGCCAUUAUUUAAAUACCCAGCUAGUUCUAGGCCUUGUCUACUUGUGGAGCUUUUUGGCUGCUGUUGCAAGUAAACACUAUUUCAAAAUGCGUGAAAUUGUUCAUCUUCAAGCAGGACAGUGUGGAAAUCAGAUCGGAGCAAAGUUUUGGGAAGUAAUAUCUGAUGAACAUGGAAUUGAUCCAACUGGAACAUAUCAUGGAGAUAGUGAUCUACAACUAGAGAGAAUAAAUGUUUAUUACAAUGAAGCCACAGGUGGCAAGUAUGUCCCCAGGGCUGUUCUGGUGGAUCUUGAACCAGGUACAAUGGACAGUGUUAGAUCUGGUCCUUUUGGGCAGAUUUUUAGACCAGACAACUUUGUUUUUGGUCAGUCAGGAGCUGGUAACAACUGGGCUAAAGGUCAUUACACAGAGGGAGCAGAGUUGGUAGAUGCUGUGCUUGAUGUGGUUCGGAAAGAAGCAGAAGGAUGUGAUUGUUUACAAGGUUUUCAGUUGACACACUCACUUGGAGGAGGAACUGGUUCUGGAAUGGGAACUCUCCUUAUAAGCAAGAUUAGAGAGGAAUAUCCUGAUAGAAUAAUGAACACUUUUUCAGUUGUUCCUUCUCCUAAGGUUUCAGAUACAGUUGUGGAGCCCUACAAUGCAACCCUAUCAGUUCACCAAUUAGUUGAAAAUACAGAUGAAACUUACUGCAUUGAUAAUGAAGCCCUCUAUGACAUUUGCUUUAGAACCCUAAAAUUAACAACGCCAACAUAUGGGGAUCUUAACCAUUUAGUCAGUGCAACUAUGUCAGGUGUUACCACAUGCCUUAGAUUCCCUGGUCAACUCAAUGCUGAUUUGAGAAAAUUGGCAGUCAAUAUGGUUCCUUUCCCUCGUCUUCACUUCUUCAUGCCUGGGUUUGCCCCUCUCACCUCUAGAGGUAGCCAGCAGUACAGAGCUUUGACUGUGCCUGAGCUCACCCAACAGAUGUUUGACGCGAAAAAUAUGAUGGCUGCCUGUGACCCACGACACGGACGCUACUUGACAGUGGCUGCUAUGUUCCGUGGUCGUAUGUCCAUGAAGGAGGUCGAUGAGCAAAUGUUGAAUGUCCAAAACAAGAACUCUUCUUACUUUGUGGAAUGGAUUCCCAAUAAUGUUAAAACUGCAGUUUGUGAUAUCCCACCACGUGGUUUGAAGAUGUCUGCCACUUUUAUUGGUAAUAGUACUGCCAUUCAAGAGCUAUUCAAGCGUGUUUCUGAACAAUUUACUGCUAUGUUUCGGCGUAAAGCUUUCCUUCAUUGGUAUACUGGUGAAGGUAUGGAUGAAAUGGAAUUCACCGAAGCAGAAUCCAAUAUGAAUGAUUUAGUUUCUGAAUAUCAGCAGUACCAGGAUGCAACAGCUGAAGAUGAGGGAGAAUUUGAGGAGGGAGAGGAAGAAGAGGGACAGAUGAAUUAAUUAAACAAAAGUGGUAUUUUUUUUCUACCAUGUCAUUUGUAUCUGUAGUUGUGAACUACUGAAACAAUUUGUGACAUUCUACUUCAAAAUCAGUUUUUUUUUUGUAAAAAAAUAAAUAAAAAAUAGGUUUACAUGUCUUGCAGGUAGCAAUGCAUUGUUUUUUGUUGCAGAAUGUGGAUAUUUUUUUUAACAAAAAUCAGAUUUGUAAUUUUAAAAUUGCCAAUUUGUCAUGAACCAUCUAUUGAUGGUAUUUUUAAAAACAAUUUGACAAUGUGCUGAUUCACUACAAAAAGUUAAUUUUAACUUUGCUGCAUUUUUUAUAUUUUGAUAAAAAUGUUGUGCUUGUAUUUCUUAGGAUAUUAACAGAUCUUCAUUUGAACUGGAAAUUUGGCAGAAGUAUUACAAUAUGUGAUGUUGAUCACAUACUUUUAUGUCUAAAAGAUGUGAUACAUUUUAGUACUGGUAUUUUAUGUGUAUUUGUUACUUUUGUAAGGCUUUUAGUGACUGCAACUAACAUACAUAUUCCAAUGUUAAUGCAUCCAUUGUAAUUUUUUUAACAUGGUGUUCAUUAAGUGUGCAUAAUUCCAUUUUUAGUUUCUGAUACAUUUUUAUCAAAAACUUGUAACACUAGGGAUUUGCUUUUGCUGUCCUAUUUUGUUUUUUGAGUUUCCACUUUUUGUAUUAAUAUAUGCUAUUAAAUAUUUUUAAAGAAAAUCCUUUUUCAUUU